UGUGGGAGGGCGGGGGUUCCUGGAGCAGAAAAGAUCGCCGCACUGCCUCUCCGGGCCUCGGUCCGCACCCCACCGGAGCCGGGGUCCCCUCCCACCAACCACGCGAGCUCCGCCCCCACGCCGCGCGGGAGCCGACGGGUCAGGUGAUCAGGGGCCGGCGCGGUCACGUGGCUGGGGCGCGCCCUCCCGUUGUGGCCAUGGCGGCCGCAGGCUCCAGUGUGGUGAGGCGAGUGGAGCAGCUCGGAGACCUGGCUCAGGCCCACAUACAGCAGCUCAGCGAGGCGGCCGGCGAAGAUGAUCACUUUUUAAUUCGGGCUUCUGCAGCUCUAGAAAAAUUGAAACUCUUAUGUGAAGACAAAGACUGUUCAAAUCCAUCAAACCUCCUCGAACUUUACACACAGGCUAUUUUGGACAUGACAUACUUUGAGGAGAACAAGCUAGUAGAUGAAGAUUUCCCUGAAGACUCUUCGCAGAAAGUAAAAGAGCUGAUCACUUUUCUUUCAGAACCAGAAAUUUUAGUUAAAGAAAAUAACAUGAACCCCAAACCCUCGGGCUGCCCUCUGAGCCGCGCCUGUGUUGUGUUUCAGCACAGCGCUCUGCUCGGGGACGAGCUCCUGGAGUGUCUCUCGUGGCGAAGAGGAGCCCUGCUUUACAUGUACUGUCAUUCUCUGACCAAAAGGAGAGAGUGGCUCACCAGAAAGACGAGCUUGCUUAAAGAGUACCUUGUUGAUGGAAUCAGUUACUUGCUACAGAUGCUAAAUUAUCGGUGUCCUACCCAAUUAAAUGAAGAAGUUUCUUUCCAGGACCUAGACACAGCUAAGUUACUGAGUGAAGGCAUAUUCAGCGACAUCCACCUGCUGGCCAUGAUGUACAGUGGAGAGAUGUGUUACUGGGGGCUGAAGCACUGUGCGGGUCCGCAGCCCGGAGACCAGGAGGUGGGCACCGGCGUUUCCGGAGCGAGCCACACGACACACAAGGAACCCUUGGACUUCCGAGAAGUGGGAGAAAAAAUUUUGAAGAAGUAUGUAUCUGUGUGCGAAGGACCCCUGAAGGAACAAGGAUGGAAUACAACAAAUGCAAAACAAAUUUUAAACUUCUUUCAGCAUCGCUCUAACUAGUAAGUUCACCUGGUCUUUUUCAAACAAAACCAGAAAGACCCAUGAAAUGGAAACGUUCCAGAAAAGAAGAUGCGUUGACACUGAACUUAAGAAUGUCACACUACAUACAGAUGUCCAGCGUGCUGACCCUUUUCGAAAUGCCACCACCGUGCUUCCUUAUAUAUUCGUAAACCUAUGAAGAAACAGUUCUUUCACUUCUAAAAUGGCAUGUGUGUUAUCUUAACUCAGCCUGAACUGCAGAUGUCCUGUAACUAAUGCUAAGGAGGAAUCCAGUUCACCUUUGCAAAGACUUUUUUCUGUUACUUCAGAUUUUUUUUAUUGUGGUAAAAUACAACAAAAUUGACCAUUUUUACUAUCUUUAGAUUAUUUUUCUAUCUCUGUACCAUGAAGCCUGCUAUGCUUCAUAGGGUUGAAAUCAAGUAACCUCAUUGAUUUAGAUAUAUGCUACAAAUGUAAAAGUUGGCAAAAGCAUGACAAAUAUUCAGAUUCCAUUUCCAGAAUAAGGUAAAUAAUGAAAGACUUGCCCUGACUGGUGUGGUUUAGGGGAUUAAGUUCUGGCCUGUGGACCAAAGGGUCACUGGUUCGAUUCCCAGUCAGAGCACAUGUGGGUUGCAGACCAGGUCUCCAGUAGGGGGCACUGGAGAGGCAACCACACACUGAUACUUCUAUCCCUCUCUUUCUCCCUCACUUCCCCCUCUCUAAAAAUAAAUAAAUAAAAUGUUGAAAAAAAUAAUUAAAGACUUCAUUAAAAAAAUGGUUGCUUAAUUAUUUUACCAUGUAUUACUAACGGCAUUUAAAUUUUUUAUCUGUCCUAUUAGGUAUUUUAUCAAAAUUUAAAAAGAUUUUUCUAUCUUGUUUAAAAGAGUAUGCAUGGUUUAUCAAAUGAGUAAUGAAGAUAAAAACCAAGUUAGGUUAGUCACUGUUAGCUCGUAUGUCUUUAAGGCACAUCUUUUCAUAUGUAUUAAAAUGUUAAUGUGUUUGUCUUUACUAGUAGGGGUGAGCAGGGUCCUGAGCUGCUCUACUGCUUGCGGGCUUUCCAUCUUGCUCCAUGCAGUGGUUCCGUCGCUUUCCCAGACCGGACUCCUGUGGCCACACUUGACUGUCACCAUCCUGGGUUUCCUUUUGAAAUCUGAAAUUUUAGUAACUGAUGAUAAUUCUCCUCUGCCUAGCUCUUUCACCUCUUCAUUUUCAUUGACGAUUUGCUCCUUUACUCAUGUUCCCUUCUUCAUAGCCUCCUCCUCCUGCCCUUUCUCCCAAACCAUCAGCUCCUGUCAUUGUCCUCGCUUCCUUAUCCAACCUCAAGUUGAUGGGAACCCAGUGAAGUGCUCUCUGCAGACCCCCAAAUCCGCCUUCCCCUUGUCCUUCAGCCUCCUCAUUCUGCAAGCCCUCACCCUUUAAUUAAUUCUAUCAUUCACGUUUCCUGGAUGCUGAGUUCCACAUGAAGUACACGCAGCCCUUCAGAGUGGAGUCACUCUAAGUAUCUCACCUUCAACUUCAGAGGAGCCCUCAGUGUAAGCCUUUUGUUUUUACUGGUGGGCCCCUCUCCCUUUUCCACGAUGGCAGAUCCAAACCACUAACAUUCCUCGGGCCCUUUGUCCCUCCGCUAACAUGUGGCCAUUGGGCCUUAGAGAAAACUGAGAUUAUUAGGAGGUCAGUUUCUGUUUACUAGCUUUGCCCUUCUCGCUGUCUCCGCCCCCCACCCCCCCCUCUUUAGAAGGAGAGAGCUAGCCUGCUGCUUCUGAAGACCAGUCUCCACCGUGCCUGUCUGCCAUCCUCUUCCUUCCCCUGGGGCUUCUCUUCCUCUGCCUUCCCGGAGGUAUUGAUCUUCCCUAGAGUUUGUCCUUUUCCUUUCUCCCCUGUUUUUUCCUUCUUCCUCCUUUCUUUUUACUACUACUAAAAUACUCUUGUGUACAGUGUCAUUCAUAGCCAUGACUGCUUCUACCACCUUUAAUGUUAGACUGACUCCCAAACCUGUGCUUGAAUCCCAGCUUCCUUCCUGCUCUCUAAACCUGAUUUCUAGCUGCCUAUUAAAUAUCUUCGCUUAGACGUCCCAUAGUGAUUUUAAAUUCAGUAUGUCCAAACCACUAACCCUCUUUCAUGUAAAAUCUUCUCUUGUUCAUUUUUCUCUUUAUUUUUGCAGAAUGCCAUAACCAGUUUCUGCCUACCUUCCCCCUCUCUGUGAUCACCCUGUGCGAUCGUGUUCUAGACCAGUGUUCCUCACACAGCAAAACCCAGGUGCCUUUGGAUGAGCAUAAACCUUCUCAUAGGGCCUCUUGGGACAGGUGGAAUCUCUCCUUAUUUCUGCCCCCAUCUCUGCUUAUCCUCAUAUAGCUAAGAAGAUUUUUAUUUAACUUAGUGGUUCACCAAGUUUUACUGUGAAAAUACCUUAUGCUUUCUAAAUAUAAAGAUUUAAAUCAUUUUAAAUAUAGUUUUUAGACCCAAACACUGCUCUCCCCUCCCACCUCCCACCCCCAGUUUUGGAGCAUCUCGAUCAAGUACAGUACUUUCAGUUCUUCCCCAGGUGCUAUGUGUGUUCCUGGCCUCCUUGCAGACCACAUCACUUCCACCUGGAACGCUCUGCCCUGCUGUGUGGCCCAGCGAUACCUGCUUAUCCUUUAGGAUUCCACUCGUUCCAGUGGUGCUGUAUCCAUACGGCUUUUUUCAGCCCUUUCCAGUGAGACUUAGAUGCUCCUUUGCUCUUGCCCUCCCAUUGCAUUGCAUUGCUUUAUUGUUUCCCUUAUGAUGGUGAGCACUGCGUUUUUAAAAACUACCUUUACACGUAAUGUUUAAUCAGUGGUAAACGGAGAGUCAAGUUUUUGGAAUUAAUAAGUGACGCGAUUGUAAGUGCUGAGCUCUGCACAAAAGGGUGGCAGUACUGCAUUCCACACUGCCGUGCCCUCCGCACCGGUGUGUUCACACUGCCAUGCCCUCUGCACCCAUGCAUUCCACACUGCUGUACCCUCUGCACCUGUGUAUCCCGCACCACUGUGCCCUCUGCACCAGUGGUUGGCAAGGCAGACAAGGGAAGCACUGCUGAGGAGUGAAGUGCCACAAGAGCUGGACCUGAGGAAAUGAGAACUUUCUCUUUAAACGCUUGGGACCUCCGUUUUGCCUUCACAACCCGUGUGAGCCGCUUGGGUGUCACUGCUUGGUAGUUGCGAGGGCACUUUUGGGUGCUUUUUGUAUAACUUGCCCACCCCCACACAAUUGGAGGGUAAUUUGUAUGCCAUAACAGUGAUGAUACAAUGCUUUUUACUCUAGGGUAUUACAAAAAGGUGAACAUAUUUUGUAUAUUAAAGCCUGCUAAGUAAAUUCUGUUUCCUGUAGAAUGAAGUAACUUGUAGCUACCACAUAAGAAAGGUAACUAAAAUUCACUCAUCAAUAUGUGCCUACUACAUGCCAGGUUUUGUCCUAGGCACUGAGAUGUGUAGCUUUGUAAAACACCCUUUUUCAGAGUUUGCCUUCUUAUGGAGGAAGUGAACACACUUCAAGAAUACAUAGCAUGUCAGGUGGUCAGUGCUGCAGAGAAUAAAGCAGGUUAAGGGACUAAUGACUGGAGAGGACCGCUGUUUUCGGGGUGGUUGGCAAGACACCUCCAGGCACCAAUUUUGUGUCUUCAAAUUCUACCCCUCUGGUUAAAUGCCUUGAACAUUCAGUACAUUUAUAGUUUCUCUUUCUCAUGGAAGUUCUGAUACUGCAAUAAGAAGUGAGUCACUGCAUGUAAGACCUUGUCAAUUUUAUUACAUUUAAAGGGUUCUCCAGUGUGGGCUUUACUAAUGGGUGAGUCUAAGGGUCUUGAUGCAUUUAUUAUACUAAGGGUUUCUCCUUUUGGGUUCUCUCAUAGUUACUAAAACUUAAACUCUGUUACCAGAGUUUUCAUAAAUCCUUAAAUUUGUAUGGUUCUUUCCCUAAAUGAAUUUUCAUGUCAGGUGGGCUUUGAGACUUAAAGUCCUUCCCACUUUGCUGCAUUUAUAGGGUUUCUGGCUACUGCAAAUUGUUUCAUGCUGAAUGCUGGCCUGCGAACCUAAGGGUUGCUGGUUCAAUUCCCAGUCAAGGCACCUGCCUGAGUUGUAGGCCAGGGCCCCAGCUGGGGGUGUGGGAGAGGCCAGAGAUCCAUAUUUCUCUUGCACGUCAUUGAUGUUCCUCCCUUCUUUCUCCCUUCUCCUCUCUAAAAAUAAAUAAAAUCUUUAAAAUAAAAAGACUGAAGACUUCUCUUUAUUCCUUUGUAUGCUGAGUCAUGGCUAAAAUCCCACAAUAAAAUUACAUUCCUACCUUUACAAUCCCACUGUGAAUUCUCUGGUGUUCAUUACAGUGGGAGAUGUGUCUGAUGCAUUCUCAGAUUCAUUUUAAUGGCAUUUUUAAUAACCCACAGCUGGUUGACAUACUAGUUUUAAGUUGCUUAAAAAUUUUCUCUUCCCCUUUGAGCAUUCCAUUUUGUGGCUCACAGAAGCCUCCCCAUCUGCCAUAGAAUCCAGGAUUCUGUAGUCUCUGAUAUCACUGUUUUGUAUUGUUUUGAAGACCUAAUUGGCUUUAUUAAUGGAUCCAUGAAUGGGGCUACCACCUAGCAACUAGAAGGGUGCUCCCUUGUAUUUUUUAACACAAUAUGAGAUCAUAUUAUAAAAGUAUUACGUUAGAAUACACUUAAUGUAUCUACAAUUAAAGUAUGUGUUAUAUACUCAUGCUGUAUUCUUUGCUGUUUGUUUUCCUACUUCUAUGAAAAUUUCCAAGUAAAAUGUUGUGGAGCAUAUAAAAUCUUUUAAA